GUGGCUCCAGGUCUUCGUGCUGCUGUUCAUCUUUGUGAAACGCCAGAUCAUGCGCUUCGCCAUGAAGUCCCGCCGUGGCCCCCAUGUGCCUGUCGGACAGCAUGCACCCAAGGAUUUAAAGGAAGAAAUCGACAUUCGACUGUCGAGGGUGCAAGACAUCAAGUACGAGCCCCGGUUGUUGGCUGAGGACGACAGCAGGCUUCUGCAGCUGGAGGCACAAGGCUGCUAUAACUACCUGUACAGGAUGAAGGCGCUGGAUGCGAUCAGAACAUCUGAAAUCCCAUUUCACGCAGAGGGCCGGUACCCAAAGUCUUUAAUAGGGAAGAACUUCUGUGCCUAUCUGCUGGAACUGCGGAAUUCCAGCACCUCCUUCAAAGGCAUCCGCAAAGCCUUGAUUGACACCUUGCUGGAUGGGUACGAGAGUGCCCGCUACGGCACCGGGGUCUUUGGGAAACCGGAAUAUCUGCAGUACCAGGAUGCUCUGAACGAGCUGGCAAACAUGACCAAGGCCCGGGGAGGCAGCAGCCAGCGGCAGCACCAGUCAGCAGCGAAGGACCUCACCCUCUCCCCCGAAGUCUCCAACCCCGCCACCAUCCAGGUCACCUACCUGCCUUCCAACCAGAAGAGCAAACGUGCCAAACACUUCCUGGAGCUGAAGAGCUUCAAGGACAACUACAACACGCUGGAGAGCACCCUGUGAGCUGCACAGGGAGCACUGCUCCAGGGACCUGCCAUGAGCAGAGUCCCUUGCUGGGUGCAGC